ACGGUCACUCCGCUCUGCUGAGCGCCUCCUCCUGGACAUCUGGGUCAGCUGUGGGAGCAGGAAGGAGUCCAGAGAAACCUGUCCAGUCCUGACAGAGUACUUCUGUGGCGCCGUCUGCCAUCGCUGGCGCCAUAACCUGUGGCCCCCGUAUGUGGUCCUUCUGUCCAAUCACAGCCUUUGUACCAGGUUUUUGAACGUCAUGGCGGGGAUUAAGGAGCAGCAGUUCACGGAGGAGAAGCCACUGCUGCCUGAACAAAGAGGAGCAGAUUCAGACAUGCAGGAUAAGGCAGACGGGGUGUCCGAGGAUCCACAGCCCCAACCCUCCAGUCCUGCCCCUUCUAACCAACCUCCCCCCUCUUCCCCCAGUCGCCCCGCCCACCGCUGGCAUGUCAUGGCGCGGCACUGGCUCCGCCAGACGCGCCGUCGCACCGGAGGAACCAUCCCGCAGGAGACGUGUGAACAGCUGCUGCCUGUCGGAGACUGGAAGGACCAUGAUGUGGAGACUCCUCAUGGGAUGCUCCAUGUGAUGAUCCGAGGAGCGCCGAAAGGAAACAAACCAGCGAUCCUGACCUACCAUGAUGUGGGACUGAACCACAAACUCUGCUUCAAUCCCUUCUUCAACAACGAGGACAUGCAGGAAAUCACCAAACACUUCGUGGUCUGCCACGUGGACGCCCCUGGACAACAGGGCGGAGCCAGCCAACUGCCGCAAGGGUACCAGUUUCCGACCAUGGACCAGUUGGCGGCCAUGUUGUCCACUGUGGUUCAGCACUUUGGAUUUAAGAGCAUCGUUGGGAUUGGAGUCGGAGCUGGAGCCUAUGUUCUGGCCAAGUUUGCUCUGAUCUCCCCUGAACUGGUGGAAGGUCUGGUUCUGCUCAACAUCGACCCCAACGGUAAAGGCUGGAUCGACUGGGCUGCAGCUAAGCUGUCAGGACUGACCAGCACGCUGCCCGACACCGUGCUGCCUCACCUCUUCAGUCAGGACACACACAGAGUGACCACAGAGCUGGUGCAGAGUUACCGACAACAGAUCAACAACACCAUCAACCUGUUCAACCUGCAGCUGUUCUGGAACAUGUACAACAGUCGUCGGGACCUGGACAUGAACCGUCAAGGAGCACUAAACGCCAAAACUCUGAAGUGUCCUGUGCUGCUGGUUGUCGGAGACAACGCUCCUGCAGAGGAAGGAGUGGUGGAGUGUAACUCCAAACUGGACCCCACCAACACCACCUUCUUGAAGAUGGCUGACUCUGGUGGACUUCCUCAGCUGACACAGCCUGGAAAACUGACAGAAGCCUUCAAGUAUUUCCUGCAGGGAAUGGGCUACAUUGCUAAUGUGAAGGACCGGAGGUUGAGUGGCGGUCCAGUGCCCUCUGCCAGCAUGACCCGCCUGGCUCGCUCCAGGACUGCCUCGCUGACCAGCGGCGGCUCAGUGGAGGGCAACCGUUCCCGGGCCUGCACCCACUCUGACCGCACCGAGGGGGGCGGCGGCGCGCCGGUAAAGCAGUAA